AUGGGUGCCCGCACAGUUGUUGCCGGGGAUUUCGAUGGCGACGGGAGUAUUGACCUUGCGUCAGCGAGCAAGGACGACAACACGUUCGCGUGGUACCCGAACUCAAACGGCCAAGGCGAUUUCAAGGAGAAGCGGGUCAUAAACGAUCAGGCGUUAGGGGCCUACAGCCUCUUCCCCAUCGAUGUGGACCAGGACGGUCACACUGAUUUGGUUGCUGCUUCCAAUGCGGAUGAUACCGUCGCGCUCUACCGCAACAGUGGCGCUGGCCAUUUCGAGAGAAUUAUCAUCGCUGACGAUGCUGACUUUGUUCUCUCGGUUUUUGCUGCCGACCUGGAUAAUGACGGAGACAUUGACACAGCCUCCGCCAGUUAUUUUGACGGAGAAAUCCGGUGGUAUGAAAACAUUGGCAAUUCCAGGGAUUGGGUAAAGCACACUCUGUACCAGGGGUCGCAGGGCCACUACGUUUCAGGCGAGGACUUGGAUGGCGAUGGUGACGUGGACUUGAUUGCGACCACAACUGCCGAAAACACAGUGGCCACCUUUGUGGCUGUGACAAGCUGCAGGGUUUCCUCACCCAGUCCCGAGUGCUGCCGCGCCGGCCAGCAGUGGAAUGGCACGGUUUGCGCUGCCUGCGAGUCGGGCAAGUAUGGAAGCGGCAGCGGCGCUGCAGCCAGAUGUGCAACAUGCCCCACCGGCACCUGCACGAUUGCUGGUUUUACCAAGCUUCCCUUGACAUGUGUGGCGGAUUGCGUGAAUGAUAUCGAGGCGGCUUACGCCGCCUGUGACUGCGCACCUGACACGUAUAAAACGAAGAGUGAUAUCUGCGCCCCGUGCCCUGAGGGUCAAGAAAAGCCUCUUGGCAGGAGGCGUACUUCUGAUGACUUCCCCACCGACGCAAGUGUACCAAUAUAUUGGCAGGGCUUUGACAUGUCCUUGUGCACAGUGGUCUCAGCCGAAACAGACGACACUGAGCUCGUCAUCCUGAUUUGGAUGGUGGGUUCGUUGUUCGUUGUGUUUGCCCUCGCCCUUGCGUGUUCCGUCGCUUACCGAGUGAGACGGAGUUGGACCGAGAAGACGAGAGUGCAACAACGAUACCACGCUAUCACCCAGGAGCGCAUUGAGAAAGCUUGCGCGACGGCUCAGACUUGCAAGUCUAGUGUUUAUUUCAUCAGGUACUCGACCUUUAAGAAGCACGGAAAGUUUACCCGGCAUGAGGUCCACAGAGAGCGAGGGGAGCUAUUCUGCUUGGACACCUACGAAGAGAUGCUAGUUUGGGUGGGCACAGUUGCCACCGUCUUCGUUUCGCACCAGUGGUUGGGUUUCGCAGAACCGGACCCUGAUAAGAUUCAUUUCCCAGCAAUUUGUUCCGCCUUGGACAUCAUUUGCGCAAGAAAUGAUUUAGCUGAGACCGACCUCUUCCUCUGGGUUGAUUACGUUUCCAUUCCCCAGGCAAAUUCUUAUCUCAAGGAUAUUUCCAUCAGCUCACUUGGCGUAUACGCCUCCAUUGUCAAGUACUUCGUCAUCGUUGCCCCAACAUGCAUUCACCAUGACGAGCAAGUCGAGUGCAAUUCGGCGACCUAUCAGAGGCGCGGUUGGUGCCGCUUGGAGCAGUGGGCACGAAUGAUUGCUGGAGGGCUCCAGGACAUGUACAUUUAUGAAGGUGGCAAUUUGGAGCCAAUCUCGGACAAGGCGCAUUGGUACACGGCAAGCGUCAAGGUAUUCGAAGGAGAUUUCACAGUCGCAUCGGACAAGCACCGCAUCGUCGAUAUCGUUCUGGGAUUGUGGUACGUCGCUCUCGUCAAUUCAAAGCGUGAAGGUUCUGAUCAGAUGAUGUUGAAAGAUCUCGUGGACCAGAAUAAAGAAAGCGUCUUCCCACCUGAGUUCUUCGAAAACUACAUUGAAAGGCUGGAGGCGUUCGCCAGAAUAGAGAAGCCCUCGUUGCUGUCCCGAGGGACUUCGUCUCCGACCCAGUCUUACGACCCCACUGAGAGCGUACCCAGUGUGAGGAGCCGUGUCUCUAGGAGGAAGUCGUUCGAGAACUUCGAGGGAGAGCGCGCCGAGCGGCUGCAGGAGGAGCGCGCCGAGCGGUUGCAGGAGGUUCGCGAUCAUUCCAUCUAG